CCGCGAACGAAAGCCAUAGAAAGCUUUCCUCUCCUUCACCUCCUCUGCCUCCUUUCCCUCCUUCUUUCUUCUCUAUUUUCAUCAAUUUUUGCCCCUCUUUGCAUUAAUGGAUCCCGUUAAUGUUUGGGGCAACACUCCUCUCCAAGCCGUGGAUGAGGAGAUCUUCGAUCUGAUCGAGAAAGAGAAGCGCAGGCAAUGCAGAGGAAUCGAACUCAUCGCCUCUGAAAACUUCACAUCCUUUGCAGUUAUCGAGGCCCUCGGUAGCGCCUUGACUAACAAGUAUUCUGAAGGCAUACCCGGCAACCGAUACUACGGUGGCAACGAAUUCAUCGAUGAGAUCGAGAAUCUUUGUCGCUCUAGGGCACUUCAGACCUUCCGUCUCGACCCUGCCAAGUGGGGCGUUAAUGUUCAGCCUUACUCUGGUAGCCCUGCAAACUUCGCUGCUUACACUGCGCUGCUUAACCCACAUGACCGAAUCAUGGGUCUUGAUCUUCCCUCUGGUGGGCAUCUUACUCAUGGGUAUUAUACAUCUGGUGGGAAGAAGAUCUCUGCAACUUCUAUCUAUUUUGAGAGUUUGCCUUAUAAGGUGAAUUCGACUACUGGGUAUAUUGAUUAUGAUAAGUUGGAGGAGAAGGCCUUGGACUUUAGGCCCAAGUUGAUUAUUUGUGGUGGGAGUGCAUACCCGAGGGAUUGGGAAUAUGCGAGGUUCAGGUCUGUUGCGGAUAAAUGUGGGGCUUUGUUGCUCUGUGACAUGGCUCACAUUAGUGGACUUGUCGCUGCCCAGGAGGCUGCGGAUCCCUUUGAAUACUGUGAUAUUGUCACAACCACAACUCACAAGAGCCUGAGGGGGCCUAGAGCUGGUAUGAUCUUCUACAAAAAGGGUCCUAAGCCAGCCAAGAAGGGCCAGCCCGAGGACGCAGUCUAUGACUUUGAGGACAAAGUCAACUUUGCUGUUUUCCCAUCCCUUCAAGGUGGUCCACACAAUCAUCAAAUUGGUGCGUUGGCUGUUGCCUUGAAGCAGGCCAUGUCUCCCGGGUUCAAGGCCUAUGCUAAGCAAGUCAAGGCCAAUGCUGUUGCUCUUGCAAACUACUUGAUGGACAAGGGAUACAAGCUUGUCACUGGUGGCACUGAGAAUCAUCUUGUCCUAUGGGACUUGAGACCUCUUGGCUUGACUGGCAACAAAGUUGAGAAGCUUUGCGAUCUGUGCAACAUUACUGUGAACAAAAAUGCUGUUUUUGGGGACAGCAGUGCACUGGCUCCUGGUGGUGUCCGAAUUGGUGCACCUGCCAUGACUUCAAGAGGAUUGCUUGAGAAGGACUUCGAGCAGAUUGCUGAGUUCCUCCACCAGGCUGUCACCUUGUGCUUGAACAUCCAGAAGGAGCAUGGGAAGCUAUUGAAGGACUUCAACAAGGGUCUGGUGAACAACAAAGACAUUGAGAACCUCAAGGUUGCCGUGGAGAAAUUUUCAUCCUCGUAUGAAAUGCCUGGAUUCCAGAUGUCUGAGAUGAAAUUCAAGGAUUGAAUUAACAAAGUAAUGAGUGUAGUAGUAAAUGAAUUGGCCACUGAAGCCUCAAUUUCUUCUUUGUU